AUGUUCUUUGUUAAGAAUGGAGCAUUGGCUCUGGGCAAUCCAUCUAGCCGGAGGAUUUUGGUAGAGCCAGACUUUUCAAUUUAUACGGAGACUUUAUCCAAUCCACUCAUAUGCGCGUCGAGAGCUUUCAUUCCCAGUCGGCAGGACUGGCCGCAUUCGUUGUGCAAGGAUAAAUUAACGGAUUCUCCAGAACAAGGGGGUCUCACAAGCAGCGGAAGUACCAGCAGGAGUACAAAGAGUUCUGUUUCUGGCCCUUUCGUUACGAUGGCUGGACAAAGUCGCCGCAGGAGCUCGAGUGCGGCAUUUCAACAUCGCGUUGAAAAAGUGCACUUUGUUCCGUUCGAUGGACAUGAUGAUUCGAGGAGACCUUCUCUCAGCGCAAUGAUAAUGACGACCCGGCGGAAAAUGAAGUCUCGCCAAUUCCUACUACUAAUUACAAUUUUCACCUUGGCUACAUUCUCGAUAUUCUAUUUACGGGCGCCUUUUCCAUACCAUUCGAGCUCUUUCCCGUCUUCCAACCAGAAACCGAAACAGCCAAGCAUACCCAACCCUCGAAUACCUACUACCAUUGACGUGAAGAAACCGCAGACAGCUUCAUAUCAUAUUGGUCCUUCGCAUCCAGUUUACCAAUUAAUAAAGGAUAAUGAGCAAGCAUUCGAGAAUGUAAAGGCAAAACAAUCAAAGACGCUGGAGGAGGCAGUGGCAGAAUAUAGAAAACGAUACGGGAUACCUCCACCUCCCAACUUCGACAAAUGGUACAAUUUCGCGAAGUCAAAAGGGGUGCAACUUAUUGACGAAUAUGAUAAUAUCCAUACAUCCUUAACGCCGUUUUGGGGGCUAAAACCGGAAACCAUAAGAGGAAGAGCGCGAGAAGCAUUGGGAUUUCCCAAUAAUUUAAUAGGGCUGUUGAUUAGAGGAGGAAAGGUUACAAAGGUUGAGGGAGGGAAUCAAUGGCAACAAGAUGCUACGGUUGGAAUGAUGAAGCCAUUCUUGAAGUAUCUUCCUGAUAUGGACCUCUGCUUCAACAUUCACGACGAACCUCGCGUUGUUGUGCCAUAUGAUGACUUAGCUCGACUAGUGCAUGUUGCAAAGGAUCAAAAUAUGCCAAACGCAAAUUCAGUUGAAGCACCCAGGAAUUCAUGGUCGCCAAGACCGAUAGAUGUCGUUAGCGAUGGCUUAAGAGUGCCGGAGGUGAAGACCACACGAUUCAACGUCUUUUCUCAUCAACCAACCUGGACCCACUCGAGGCUGUCCUGCCCUCCAGAUAGUGCCGCCAGGAGUCUCGAUGACGGACUGAAAGAGGACAAUUACCCUAGUUAUGCCGUGACGGAGCUAGGAUUUGUCUACAAUCAAACUGCAUUCUCCGAUAUUUGUCAAUCCCCUUCUUUUAGCGAAUCUUUCGGAUUUUUUGAUCGACCCAACGCCUUCAACAUCGUACAUGACUUGUUCCCAAUUUUCUCGCAAUCGAAAAUCUCGUCAUUCUCCGAUAUAUUAUACCCAUCUCCUUGGUACUGGUAUGGCAAGGUACCAUAUGAAGAAGCUGAGGACAGGUCAUGGAAGGACAAGGAAGAUAAAAUAUACUGGAGGGGUUCGACAACUGGAGGCUUUAGUCGAGAUGGUGGCUGGAGACGGCAACACAGGCAAAAGGUGGUUCAAAAAGUUAAUUCUGGCGAUCAGGCAAAAAUUUUAGUCAAUCGAGGUGAAGAGACCAAGGAAGAUUGGCAGGUGAAGAAUGUACCACGGAGUGAUUUCAAAGAAAUUUUCGACAUUUUCUUCUCCCAUGUCGGACAAUGCGACCCUGGAGAUUGUGAUGCACAAAAACAGUUUUUUGAUGUUAAAGAGGCGGCGAAGCAGCAAGAUGCGUGGAAAUAUAAGUACCUACUUGACAUGGAUGGGAAUGCUUUCAGUGGAAGAUUUUACGCGUUCUUGAAGAGUAAAAGUUUAGUGUACAAAAUGGCUAUCUUCAGAGAAUGGCAUGAGGAAUGGUUGAAACCUUGGGUGCAUUAUAUCCCUUUGAGUUUGAGAGGAGAUGAAUGGGUUGAGGCAGUACGAUGGUUCGCGGGAGAAGAUGUUGGGAAGAAAGAAGCGGAGCGGAUUGCUCUUCAGGGAAGAGAGUGGGCGAAUCAUGUGCUCAGGAAUGAAGACCUUGAAGUAUGGUUCUUCAGAUUAAUGCUCGAAUAUGGCAGACUAGUUGAUGAUGACCGAGAAAUCAUCGGUUACACAGGAACAACAGGAUCGACAUGA